AUGAGACUGAUCAAACCCCUACUUCUUGUAGUUUCGCCUCUCUCAAGCCUCGUUGCUGCCAAACCUAUCCAUCCCGAUGAUGUGCAGGGACGAGACCUCUUCAAGGUUAACCCCGGCCUCGACAAGCGGACUCUGUUCAAUGUAGAGCACAUAGAGUCUGCUGAGCGUAGGAAGUUCCUACAAGACGCUCAGAAAGAAGCCGUUGAUAUCGCCGUCGUGGCGUUGAAGAACUUCGACAAUCCCAAAUACAGAGGCUAUUUGACCGCCUGGUUUGGUAGAGAUCCCAAAGGGCACCCCGGGGAGGUCGAUGACGACGUUCGAGGUGUUUUGACCAAUUUUGUGGGCGACAACGCAAAUAGUGAGGGUUCCGUCGUCCUCAGCGGUGUGACGGUCUGGCAGGACGAUUACUUGCCUGUGAGUCCAAAAUGGUGCGACAAAAUCGAUAAAGAGGGAAGAUCGGCGACCGCAUACUACAGUCGGACAAGAAAGGGUGGCUUAGGUCCAUCCAUGCAUUACUGCGACAAGUUCUUCGACAGGAAGAACAAGGCGGACUUCCUGGCGAACAACUGCGCGUCAAUCGCGAAUCAUAUCGACACGGCUACUACCACACGUCAAUAUCGUGGCGCAAAUGUGCUGCAUGAGUUCAUGCACUACGGGAAAGUCAGCGAGGGACAGUAA